GGAGGCGCGCGAAGGAGACGCGGCCGGGGAUGAGCUGAUUGCGGGUGAAUACGCCGCCGCCUGGCCCCGAGAGGCCGCGAGGAGCCGCUUUUCUCCGAGUCGCCGCCCUGCCCUUGGAUUUGAGACCAUGUCCAUUCACAUCGUGGCGCUCGGGAACGAGGGGGACGCGUUUCACCAGGACAAUCGGCCGUCGGGGCUCAUCCGCACUUACCUGGGGAGAAGCCCGCUGGUCUCGGGGGACGAAAGCAGCUUGUUGCUGAACGCCACCAGUACGGUCGCACGUCCCGUGUUCACCGAGUAUCAGGCCAGCGCGUUUGGGAAUGUCAAGCUGGUGGUCCACGACUGCCCCGUCUGGGACAUUUUUGACAGUGAUUGGUAUACCUCUAGAAAUCUAAUUGGGAGUGCUGACAUCAUUGUGAUCAAAUACAACGUAAAUGACAAGUUUUCAUUCCACGAAGUAAAGGAUAAUUAUAUUCCAGUGAUUAAAAGGGCAUUAAAUUCAGUUCCAGUAAUCAUUGCUGCUGUUGGCACCAGACAAAAUGAAGAAUUACCGUGUACAUGCCCACUGUGUACCUCAGACAGAGGGAGCUGUGUCAGUACAACCGAAGGGAUCCAACUUGCUAAAGAACUAGGAGCCACCUAUCUUGAACUACACAGCCUUGAUGACUUCUACAUAGGAAAGUAUUUUGGAGGAGUGUUGGAGUAUUUUAUGAUUCAAGCCUUAAAUCAGAAGACAAGUGAAAAAAUGAAGAAAAGGAAAAUGAGCAACUCGUUUCAUGGAGUUAGACCACCUCAGCUUGAACAACCAGAAAAAAUGCCUGUCUUAAAGGCUGAAGCAUCGCAUUAUAACUCUGAUUUAAAUAAUUUGCUGUUCUGCUGCCAGUGUGUGGACGUGGUAUUUUACAACCCAGAUUUAAAGGAAGUUGCCGAGGCCCACAAGAUUGUUCUCUGUGCCGUAAGCCAUGUUUUCAUGCUGCUUUUCAAUGUGAAGAGUCCCGCUGACAUUCAGGAUUCCAGUAUCAUCCGUACCACCCAGGACCUCUUUGCCAUAAACAGAGAUACUGCAUUUCCAGGUGCUAGCCAGGAUUCUCCAGGCAACCCACCAUUACGUGUCAUCGUUAAAGACGUCCUCUUCUGUUCUUGUUUAUCGGACAUUCUGCGCUUCAUUUAUUCAGGUGCUUUUCAGUGGGAAGAAUUGGAAGAAGAUAUCAGGAAGAAAUUGAAAGAUUCUGGGGAUGUUUCAAAUGUAAUCGAGAAAGUUAAAUGCAUUUUGAAAACACCAGGAAAGAUAAAUUGUCUAAGGAAUUGCAAAACUUAUCAAGCCAGAAAACCUCUGUGGUUUUAUAACACUUCCCUGAAGUUUUUCCUUAAUAAACCAAUGCUUGCUGAUGUUGUCUUUGAAAUACAAGGUACAACAGUGCCAGCCCACAGGGCUAUCCUGGUGGCCCGUUGUGAAGUGAUGGCAGCUAUGUUUAAUGGGAAUUACAUGGAAGCAAAGAGUGUUCUGAUUCCAGUUUAUGGAGUUUCCAAAGAGACUUUCUUGUCAUUCUUAGAAUAUCUAUACACAGACUCCUGUUGCCCAGCUGGCAUUUUUCAGGCUAUGUGUCUUCUGAUCUGUGCUGAGAUGUAUCAGGUGUCCAGACUGCAGCACAUCUGUGAGCUGUUCAUCAUCACACAGCUGCAGAGCAUGCCAAGCAGGGAACUGGCGUCCAUGAACCUGGAUAUAGUUGACCUGCUCAAGAAAGCCAAGUUUCACCACUCCGAGUGCCUCUCAACCUGGCUGCUCCAUUUCAUCGCCACGAACUACCUCAUCUUCAGCCAAAAGCCUGAGUUUCAGGAUCUUUCAGUGGAAGAACGCAGUUUUGUUGAAAAGCACAGAUGGCCAUCGAAUAUGUACUUGAAGCAGCUUGCGGAAUACAGGAAGUAUAUUCACUCCCGGAAGUGUCGUUGCUUAGUAAUGUAACCCAGAGCUUUUAUAUACAUACACUUUUUAUUAUUAUUAUUAUUUUUAUUAUUGUUAUUAUUAUUAUUAUGAAGAAUGGGAUACCUCUGUGUUCCAGUAAAAUUCUGUGACUGAAACCAAUAUGGGCGUUAAAAAGAAUUACCAUACAGCUUAAUGUGUUUGUUAGUCCUCUGGAAAACAAACAAACCAAACAAACAAACAAACAAACAAAAAACUACUAUUGUGAUCUUAAAAGGGAACAAAAUAUACCAUAGGCUAAAACUAAGGUGUCACCAUCCUAAUAUAUAAAGUUGUUAUACAGCUAUUUUUUCCCUUUAAGAUGCCCUGUUGCUUUAGUGAUACUAGUACCCCUCCCAGUUACGAAAUGUUUAAAUUAAGAAA